AUGUACUGUGAAGUUAUAAAAAGGCAAGACUUGUGCAAAUUCUUCGACUGUUCAAACAUACAGGCAUAUAAUACAAAUAAAAGUAAAGUGUUGUUCUUGAAGCAAAGGAGUCAACAACCGUCACCACAACAAAAUUCAAAAGAUCACUGUUGCAUCAUAUGCAAGAGGAGUUUGCCAGAUUCUUGUUUUUAUUGCAGCAUUGCAUGCAAGGUUUCUGCCAUAUGUGGUGAUCGACUCAAAGAAGAAACUAUUCUUGAUUACAAGAGGACGAGUAUAGCAGAAGAUGUUGGCUUAGAGAAUCAUAGGCGAAAAGAUGGUGCAAGCUUCAUACGGAGAAAAAGACAAAGACGAAGGAAAGGAAUUCCUCUAAGGGCUCCGUUCUUUUGA